AUGAACAUCCAGACCCCACCCACACUCCUGCAGCUGGCAGGACAGAGCCUGCUGAGGGACCAGGCCUCAGCCAUCACAGCUCUGGAGUACCUGCCGGCUGCUCUCUUCCCGCCCCUGUUCAUUCAGGCCUACCGCAGGAGAAUCUGGGAGCCCCUGAAGGCGAUGGUGCAGGCCUGGCCCUUCACUGUCCUCCGUCUGGGCUGCCUGUCAAAACCGGCCCCGGAUGAGGUCUUAAAAGCCGUGUUGGAUGGGCUUGACGUUCUGUUUGCCCAGGAGGUUCGGCCCAGGAGGUGGAAACUGCGGGUGCUGGAUUUAAGGAAAACAGGUGACAACUUCUGGAGGAUGUGGUGUGGAGACAGCACCCAGAAUUGCUCACUGACGGGACCAGUGGCUGUGCACAGCUCCAGCCCCAACAUGGAGCACCCCUUGGCUCCCUUGGAGGUGUUCCUAGACCUUAACUUCAAUGAAAGGGACGGGGAUGCAUUUCUCAUGUACAUCCUCCAAUGGGCCCAGCAGAGGGAAAGGUUGGUACACCUGUGCUGCAAGACCCUGAAGAUUUCUGAGGUGCCCUUCCCGAGGGUCAGAAAGGUCCUGGAUAGGGUGCAGCUGGACUGCAUCCAGGAGGUGGAAGUGAACUGCACCUGGGACCUGCCCACCCUGGGGACGUUUGCUCUUUACCUGGGUCAGAUGAGUAACCUGCAGAGACUCUCUCUCUCCUACAUUCACAUGUUGACAGAGGAGGAGUGGGAAGAGGAAGAGGAGGAGGAAGAGGAUCAGAAGUGGGAGGAUCAGGAGUGGGAAGAGGAAGAGGAUUGGGACAGCAAACAGCAGGAGGAGCAGCGAUCCUUUUCCCAAUUCCUCUCUCAGAUGCGCAGGCUGAGGCACCUCCGGGACCUCAACAUGGACUCUCCCUCCUUCCUCAGAGGCCGUCUGGACCAGAUGCUCAGGUGCCUGCAGACCCCCUUGGACAAACUCUCCAUAACACAUUGCCAGCGGCUGACGCAUUCAGACCUGACACACCUGUUCCAGUGCCCGAACCUCAGGCAGCUGAAGUCCCUGGAUCUAUUUGGCCUCAGGCUUGCAGAUUUUAGUCUUGAGCCCCUCCGAGCUCUGCUGGAGGCAGUGGCACCCACCCUCCAGGACCUGAGCCUGGAUAACUGUGCGAUGGUGGACUCCCAAGUCGAGGCCAUCCUGCCUGUCCUAAGCUGCUGUCACCAGCUCAGAGACUUCACCAUCUCUGAUAACCCCCUCUCCAUGGCCACCAUAAAGAAGCUGUUUUGCCACACAGCUGUGCUGCCCAGUUUAGAGAGCAUACUGUACCCCAUCCCCCUGGAGUGUUACAGGACCCAGGGGACUGUGGAUAUGGAGAGACUUGCCCUGUUUUGGGAUGACUUAGUGGCGAUGCUGAAGGAGUUAGAACAUCCCAACACCAUCUGUCCUGGCACCAAGUACUGUCAUUAA